CCCCGAUUAUAUGAUACCCCACGGUAAUAAUGUAGCUCAAUAUCGGUAUGAUGCUGCAAAGCUCAAACGGUUGAACAGUGCAUGACAUUGCCGGAAAUUAAGUGCAAGCCACCCCACCUGCCACCACCACCACCGAACCAUCCAACCGUCGAACCGUCCGAAACAUCCCAAAACCCUCAACCCGACCAGCCAACACAACCCAAACAUGGGCGGAAGCAAUCUAGAAGUAUUCAAGACGGCCGCGAAUCUAGGUACAUCAUGUUCCCAAUCGCAAUCAUGUACUACUUCGGCACAAACCUCGAUAAUCGCUUCUCCGUGCCAGGAUUCUGGCCGAAGCCGGAGGAAACGCACAAGAUCCCCUUCGAGAGGGACGAGAUAAAGGCGGAAUUGGAAAGGUUAAGGCGGAAGCGGUUGGAGAAGCGCGCUAGGCGGCUGGAGGGGGAGCGGCACGAAUAAGGGAGGAAGGAAAGUGGCGGGGUGUUCGAUGGGGAUCUGGGGUUUUUCUGGGCAGAUUGGGCACUUUGUCUUUUCCCUCUUUUCCUUUUUUUUUCUAUUCCCGGUGUUUGCUGGAAAAUUCUCUGUUGAUAGUAUAGUCCAAGUGUGUUUAUACGUUCGCAUGAGAGAGGACGAAGUUGUGCUGCGGGAGAUGGGCGGGGAACGGGUUUCCCGGGGGUGGAU